CACUGAGCGAGCUGAGAUUUUCAUAUCAUUUCACAGUUUUGUUUUGAUGUUUUCAAAGUUUCUAUCAAUUUCUAAGGUAUUCGUUUUCAAACACUUUUUUCAAUCAAUCGUUAAGUCAUAAAUAAAACCAAAAUGAGUAUAAGUGGAUUAAAACUAAUAACUUUUGAUGCAACCAACACCUUAUUAAAGUUUCGAAUACUACCUUGGCAUUACUAUGCACUCAUAGCUAAAAAUUAUGGAUUUAAUGGUACAGAGAAGGAUGUAAAAGAUAAAUUGUUAGAUUCUUACAAAUUCAUGUGGGAGAAAUAUCCUAAUUUUGGUAAAGGCCUGAUACAUUGGAACAAAUGGUGGGAGAAAGUGGUGGAAAGGACAUUUGAAGGACAGCUUCCGAAAGGCGCUGAAGCCCAAAUAUCUAAAAUCCUGAUUGAAGAAUUUAAAACAUCCAAAUUAUGGUGUGUGGCUGAAGGAGGCCGUCAGUUACUCAAUAUUCUUGGGAGAAAGAGUAUCAACGCUGGAGUAAUAUCUAAUUUCGAUCCUCGUCUCCGCGACAUUCUAAAAAGUGUAGGUAUAUUGAGCCACUUCCAUUUUGUUCUCACUUCUUAUGAAGUUGGAUGUUGUAAGCCUGAUAAAAAAAUAUUUGAUAUCGCUAUGUCGAGGUGCGGGAUAACAAGCCCGUCAGAAUGUCUUCAUAUUGGGGAUGACAUGAAGAAGGACUAUGAGGCAGCAAUAAGUGCCGGGUGGCGCGCUCUAAUCGUUAACAGUGAUAAUCCUUUGGCCAGCAAAUCUGAGACUCCUCCGAAUCCUGAACAUUUGUACCCUGAUUUAACAGCAGUGGCCAAUGCUAUACAGAAAUGUGAGGUCAAACUUACAUAAAUCCCAUUGCCACAUACUUUGUGAAAUUAUAUUUUAUGAUAGCUGUUGCAGCUAGUAAUGGCAAUGAAAUGUAAGGAUGUAGUCAAUUGUUAGAAAGCAAAUGUUUAUUUAGAAAGUAUUUGUAAUUGUUCAAAGUAUAAAACAUAUUUAUUGAAUAAGAUCGCAGUUAAUGGGCACAGAUCUUAUUCAAUAAUGUUUACUAAACUGAACCGUCGUUCAGUUCCAGUGAACCACAGAGUAGAAGUGUAUUGUUAGUUUCAUUAUGGUUAUAUGAUUUUAUUUUUUUUUUAAAUUAUGCUAAUAUGUUUAAGUUCUUUAUGUAGCAGGACAAAUAUACUUAAUUUAAAACUUU